AUGUCUGACAACAACUUCAACGUCACCGCGGAAGAUGUCCGCAACCUUGAAGCAAAGGAGGCCAAGUUCCACGGCGGCAACCCGCCUAGCAUGGCCGAGGGCGGUGACGCUGCAGCACUAAAGCAAAUGCUCUCGGAACAAGAAUCCAAGACCGAGCAGAUUGACCGCGUCAAGGCCAAUCUGCCCCUACCGGACCAGCCCAUCGGCGGAGCGAGUGCAGACCUGCAGUCCGCCGACCAGAGAACGGUCAAUGUUGGCAGCGGUGGCGUCAACGCAAAGUUGGGCACCCAGAGCAGCAGUGGUCUCCGGGAACCUGCUACCGCUGACAGCAGCGUGAGAGUUGACGGCGAGGAGCUCAAGAAGCCCACUCAGCCAUAA